AAAAGCAGCGGGAAAGGCUGCCUGUUUUGGCGCCAGAUACAGAGAGACAGUGACAAAAGGAACCAACGGACAGGGCAAAAAGCACCAAAUACAGAGAGACAACGACGAAGGGAACCAACUAACGGACAAGGCAAAAAGCUGAGAAGCAAAGAUGGAGGAAGAUGCGACCAACGGAUCAAACAUGGAGAAUGUGUUGCCCUGUUUGAUUCCUCGUAUUGGAAUGAAAUUCAGAAAUCCAGAUGAGGGCUCGAGAUUUUGGUUAGCGUAUAGUGGUCAAAAAGGUUUUGAUGUUAGAAAAAGGUACUCAAAUACAAGUAAGAUUGAUGGAAACGUCACGUCAUGUAGAUUUGUUUGUGCUAAUCAAGGUCAUCGAGGGAAAGAUAAAAAGGGGUAUGAAGUAAAGUGUCAUCGAGCUGAAACUAGAACAGAUUGUGAAGUGCGUAUGGGACUUGUAAAAGAUAAAGAGUUUGGUGGAUACAAAGUUUAUGAUUUGAAUUUAGAACACAACCAUAACCUUCAUUUGCCAGAAACAUUCCACUUGAUGGUGUCACAAAGGAAAAUUUCAGAUUUGCAAGCUUUUGAAAUUGAAACAGCUGAUGACUCGGGAAUAGGACCAAAAGCAUCACAUGAAUUAGCAUGUCGCCAAGUGGGUGGGCCGCUUAAUUUGAGUUACACCAUUCGUGACCAUAAAAACUAUUUGCGUGGCAAGCGACAACGAGAGAUGGUAUAUGGUCAAGCUGGAAGCAUGCUCAAAUAUUUCCAGGAUAAAAUGGCAGAGAAUCCGGCGUUCCAAUAUGCGACACAAAUGGAUGCUGAAGAGAAGAUUGCAAAUAUAUUUUGGGCUGAUGCUAGAAUGAUUGCCGAUUAUAUACACUUUGUUCUUGAUUUAAUGAAUAUCAAGUCAUUGCCUACACAAUAUAUAUUGAAACGGUGGACACGACAAGCACGAAGUGGCACUAUACAGGACAAGAAUGGUAGAAUUGUAAUUGAGAAUCCAAAGUUUGAUGCAAUGCGCCGUUACAGAUAUUUUUCUCAAAAACUUCUCAAUUUGGCACAUCGAGCAGCCUACUAUCCAGAGUGCACCUCACUGAUGGACAACACGAUUGAUCUUCUUGGUCAACAGAUUGAAGACAAAAUUAAUAUAUGUAGUGGUCCUUCUAAUGCUGAAAAGAAUGCAACUCAGGUUGAUAUUGUUGUACCAAAUGAUACAUUGAGUAAUGCACAAUUAAAGAAAAAAGAGGUCCGCAUAAGAAGUUCAAAGAGACAAAAAUUUGGGUGGGAAGGAAAGCACAAGGGGAGGAAAAAAGGACAAAGCAAAAAUAUAUUGCAUGUACAAGCACCGAAGGCACAAGAGGUAAAGGAAACAAGCAAUCCAGCAAGUAUUGACAUUCAGUUCCAUAAAAAAUAUAACACCAUCAAUUCUUUCACUCAACUGUUGACUGGAGCAAGCAGUGAUGAUCUAAAAACUGAAAAUUUCUUUGAGCUGUGAAGCAAGUCAAUGCUAUUUUGUAGUUUAUUGUUGUAUCUUGUUAUUGCUAACUGCAAGAUAGAUGGAGUGUUCAGUGAAAACAAUAUCAAGUGGAUCAAUACUUGUAUUCACUUUCUUUCAUAUCCAGUUUAAACAAUCUCAAUCGCUAUGAAUUUUUGCUCUCUGCACUCUGUUUUAUUGGCGCUGUGCUGAUGGUGGUGUAGCCUACGGGAGCCACAGGACUGGAGAAAGAAAUAAGGAAAAAGUGGGCCGAAUUGGUUCUGUUGGGCUGCUCCAUACGGUAAAGGAGAGGGCAGCAGAUCACCGUUGGUUUGAAGAUCGACGAGCGCACGGCAGGCUGCCGUAAGGCAGCGGAUCUGGUUCCGUAUUGCUUGGGGUCGUGGCAAUUGGGCUUAAUUUUUGGAUGCAUGCGACGUACGUACGUGCAGGUCAAGCAAAGGAUCCGCGGAUCGUCGGAGUAUCUAGCUAGCUAGUUGUAUAGUAAUUAACACGGUUCCAACACUAGAGUACGUACAAUGCAUGGCCGGCCGGACACGUCACGUACGUAUACCAAUAAUUAAUGCAAACAGAAUGUGGACACAUUAGGAGCGGUACGGCCCGUAGGCUGCCGUCCAAACAGAAUGCAUGAAAUGUAUGCCACACAUGCAUGCAUGCAUGCAUGCAAAUGAAUAAGUUCGUUGACCUUUUAGCUAGCUAGCUAGGCAUCUUUACGCUAAACUUGCUUUCGAGUUUCUAAGCGUCGUAUGCAUGCAUUCAUUGCACUCCAGCUCCAGCACAAAAUAUAUACGACGUAGAUAAGGCAGUUAUAUUUAAAACAGGAAAGAAAA